AUAAUAAUAAUAACCACACGUUUUAACACAUAAUAUGAACUAGCAUCUUGACAAAAUAAUACACAUUGUGUGACUGAAAAGGAGCAGGAAGAGUGGAAAAUUAAGUUUUCUUUCAUUUCCUUAAUGGCAUUCCUGAACGUGUUCGUCAAUACGGAUUUUAUUUUGAAAGUCAAAAGGGAACCAUUUCCUUUUAAAAUAAAGCUUUUAUUUUUUUAAUUUCAGACAGCCAACUAUUCUGUGUUUGAGCCAGUGAUUUUACAGCCAUUAGUUUGAGCAGGCAAGCCCAAAUAGUGUGUGGGCGAUGACCGACUAUACAUGAUUUAUAAAGGCUCAAGCAGUUUUAGUGGAACAGAUAAGUUGACGCCGACAGUCAGGAUAAGGUUUGUCAGUAACGAAGCUCCGCUACUUAAACAUGAAGGUCCUAAACAAGGAGGAACUGCAGAUUGCUGAAGGAGUUCUGCUUAAACACUUACCGAAGAGUUUUAAGGUCUACGGAUUCCUAUAUGGUAUUAACAGGAAUAAACCAAGUACACUGGAGGUACUCGUUGAUACGUGGCCUGACUUUAAGGUCAUCAUUUGCCGACCUGAUCCCAUGAACAAGCAUGCCCUGGAGCUGAGGAGAAAGGUGACAUACUACAGCAUGGAUGAGCAGAUUUUAAGGAAAGUGCUGACUGAGGAGAAUGCACUUGACUGGAGUACUUAUUUCCUACUUGGAGGAUUUGACUUUUCUCAUGCCCCCAUGCUCAAACAAGUGUCUUCUGACAGAAAAGUUAACAACAAAUGCUAUACUUUGGUGCAUCUUCUGUAUUUGCCGGACAGCAGCCAUCUUCUCACACCGACAGUUGACAGUGAGCUUGAAUCAAGGAUUUCGACACUUAACCUUUCCCAUGUUGACCUGGUGAAUAAGACCUGGAAGUUUGGAGGGAAUGAGCAGGGUUACAAUAACAUUAAGAACCUUAUCAGCAACUUCCCGUCAUGCUGCAUCACUAAUGGCCAGGGUCAACCGGUGUCCUGGAUUCUGGUAUACGAUUACUGUGCCAUGGGUAUACUGUACACUCUGCCAGAGCACCGAGGGAAAGGCUAUGCCAAAGUGCUGGUCAGCACCAUGGCCAAGAGACUCCAUGAUGAGGGCUACCCAGUCUACUGUUUCAUAGAGGAGGACAACUUGGUCUCCUACAGACUCUUUAAAAGUCUGGGCUUCAUUGAGGAGCCCUCAUACAGGGCAGCGUGGUUCGAAUUCAACUUUUGAUUUUGUAACUGGUGUAAUUUUUUUGCAAUUCUUGUUUUGAAAGUAUAGCUGACAUAUAAACAUAACUUGUAUCUUAAUGGAUAAAAAUAUGAAUGAAAUGUAACCAACAUUAAAAUGAAUGAAUAACACUUACUGUCAUUGCUAUAUAUGACAUUUUAAAGUAAUUGUAAUCUUCUUGGUCAUACUGUGCAUUGUCAUAUUUUUUAGUCCAAACUUUACAGCUUCUCCAAAGCAUUGCAUCCAAAAAUUGAUUGUAAGAAUAUUGGUAUGCGUUUAAGAGGCAUUAGCUGACAUAAAUAAAUAAUAGUCUUUUAUUCCUGUUUUA